AUGCAUGUGCAGGAGGCCACGGAAAAUAUUCCUCUCAUUCAAGAGCAACUCCGCCAACUCCGUGAAUUGUCACUGGCAGAUAUUGACACGUCUACGCCCCAGGACACGGACCAGGCGACAGUGGAUGAGGAUUUUUCUGAGUCCCAGGCCGCAUCAAUAGUGCAACCACAUUGGGCUCCUCAAUACCCAACGCAGGCAGGGUCGACACCCACCAUCCAGUUACCUGACAACGGGGCUAAUAACGUGAAAGCAAAUUAG